AUGGCGGCUGGGGCGACUGGCGCUGCUGUGCCUCAGUUUGCAUCCCUCUACGUGGGCGAUUUGCACGCCGACGUGACCGAGGCUAUGCUCUACGAGAUCUUUAACUCCGUGGGGCCGGUUGCGUCCAUCCGGGUUUGCCGCGACAGCAUCAGCCGCAAGUCCCUCGGAUACGCGUAUGUCAACUUCCACAGCGUGCAGGACGCCGAGAGGGCGCUCGACACGCUGAACUACUCCAGUAUCAAGGGCCGCUCGUGCCGCAUCAUGUGGACCCAGCGCGACCCGAGCAUGCGCAAGAGCGGUGCGGGGAACAUCUACGUGAGGAAUUUGGACAGGAACAUUGACAACAAGGCUCUGUACGACACCUUCAGUCUGUUUGGCAAUAUCCUGUCAUGCAAGGUGGCUUCCGAUCCGACCGGCAAGUCACACGGCUACGGCUUCGUACAUUACGAGACUGAGGAGGCCGCCAAGCAGGCCAUCGAGCGCGUGAACGGCAUGCAGAUUGGCGAGAAGACGGUGCAGGUCACCUCCUUCGAGAAGCGGAACGAGCGGGAGAAGCCGAACAUCGUCAAUUUCACGAACAUCUUCAUCAAGAACAUGCCGAGCGACUGGACCGAGGAGAAGAUCAAGGAGGACUUCGGCAAGUUCGGCACCAUCACCUCGAUGUGCGUCCGCGAGGACGCAAAGGGCCGCAAGAUGGCCUUCAUCAACUUCGAGACCACCGAAGCCGCCAAGGCAGCCAUCGAAGAGAUGCACUGCAAGGAGAUGCGCACCGACGAGGAGAUUGCGGCGGCCAAGGAGGAGGGCAAGGAGGACGAGGCCCUGCCCGACGGGCAUCCCGCGGGCAAGCUCUACGUCCAGCGCGCUCAGACCAAGCUGGAGCGCUCGCAGGAGCUCCGCGACAAGUUCCCCGCGCAGCGCCCCGACAGCAGGCCGCAGGGCGUGAAUCUCUACGUCAAGAAUUUGGACGAGAACAUGGACGAGGCCUCCUUGCGCGCGCUCUUCGAGACCUUCGGCCAGAUCACGUCCGCCCAUGCGCCGGCCGACGAGAAGGGGAAGUGUAAGGGCUUCGGCUUCGUCUGCUUCCAGACCCCAGACGAGGCGACCAAGGCCGUCACCGAGAUGCACCUGAAGGUCGUCAAGGGCAAGCCCCUGUACGUGGGGCUGGCCGAGAAGCGCGAGGCUCGCCAGGAGCGCCUGCGCCAGCGCUACUCCCCAGGCGGUGGCGGAGACAAGGGCGGCGGCAAGGGCUUCGGUGGCAAGGGCGGCCCAGGCGGCAUGCCGGGCGGCAUGCAGGGCGGCAUGCCGGGCGGCAUGCAGGGUGGCAUGGGCAUGAUGGGGAAGGGCGGCCCGCAGAUGGGCAUGAUGAACCCAAUGGGCAUGAUGGGGAUGAUGCCGCAGCAGGCGCAGGCCAUGAUGAUGGCGCAGAAGGGCGGCAUGAUGGGCGGCAUGGGCGUUCGCCCUGGGAUGCCUGGCGGCCAGCCCAUGAUGGGGCAGCAGAUGACGGGCGCUCAGACGUCCCAGUUGGCGGGAUGA